AUGCCUGCUCCACCUUUUCCACCUGCCAUGGCUGGGGGCCAAUAUUUUGACAGGUUUAAAGAUUAUCUGAAUCUAUCAAAGGUUGUAAUGGAGAUCAUCGAGGAGCGGAAAAUGGGCCAGUCUGGGUUUCCAGUCUGGGACGCCCUUGAUUGCGAUGUGCCAGGGGUCCCUCUUGAGCAACGCUUGGGGCUCAUGAUGACUCAGUGGGCCAACAGCAGCGGAACCAGUGGCAGCAGCAGUUCAGAGUGUGGGGCGAGUGUCGGGGUUCCCCAGAUGUCCCAGCAAGCCGGCAAGGGGACGAUCUGCAAUUUCUGCAAACAUAACGGGGAAUCCAAAAAUGUCUAUUCCUCUCACCCGCUCAAAAGAGGCGACGGGGUGGUGGUCUGUCCUAUCCUGCGCAAGUAUACCUGCCCGCUCUGUGGUGCGACUGCCGAUAAGGCCCACACGCUGAAAUAUUGCCCGCUCAACCAGGAGAAGCAAUCGCUGUACCGCAAGUGUGGACGCAACUCGGCUGGACGCAAGGUCAAGAGAUGA